AUGUUAUUAGAAGCAAACUUAGAAUAUCGUAUACAAAAUGGUUAUCCAGUAAAUCCUGGUGAAUUUCCAAUGAUUGUAUUAUUACUUGGUAAUACACAUUUAUGUACUGGAACAAUUAUAGCACCUGAUAAAAUUUUAACAGCUGGACAUUGUGCAUGUGGUGAUCCAACAUAUGAAGUUCAUGCAAAUUUAACCCAUAUUGAUGAACGAUUUUCACCUUAUACACAAUUUCGAUUAGGUACACAUUUUAAUUAUCCUAUAACUUAUAAAAAUCAAUGUCAUCAACUUAAUAAUGGUUUAAUUGAUAAUCAUGAUGAAUUUGGUGGUUCACCUGAUAUAUCUAUUUUAACAUUGAAUAAAAAAUUUAAUCUUAUUAAAGGAUGGAUUGAAAUUGGAUCAUUAAAUUAUAAUUAUUCUAUAAAUAAUAUAAGUGAAAAAAAUGAUGAUUUUUUUGUAUUAGGUUUUGGUGAAGAUAAAUCAAUUGAAAAUUCAAUGGGUCAAUUACGUUUAGGUAUAUUAAAAUUAGAUGAAUGUCCAAAACAUAUUAAAAUACCAACUAAUGGAGCGAUUUGUUCUAAUAUUAAUCGUAAUCAUCAAGGACCAGAUAUUGGUGAUAGUGGAGGUCCUAUAUUUGAUAUAAAUGGACGUGUUAUUGGUAUUACAUCAAUAGCUGGAAAUGGUUGGUAUGUAUUUUCAAGUGUUACUACACACAAAACAUUUAUUCAACAACAUUUAUAUAAUGAUACUAAUAAUUCAACUAGUGGUGAUAAUAAUAGUAUGAACUAUUUUAAUUCAACAGAUCUUUCAUAAUUUUCUUGCUCUUCUGAAGUGUUGACAUUUUCUUUUAAUAAAAAUCUUUUUUUUUCCGAGUAUAUGAUGUAAGUAAAUAGUUCAUUAUGAUAUAAAUACAAUACUUUUGUGUAUUGAAAUUAAAACAAAAUCUUAUGAAAAAUAAUCUGGUAUAUAUUCUAUUAAUUUUUGUAGACUAU